GGUGGGGAAGGGAGGAGAGAAGAUGGGGCAAUUGUUCAACCUGCUGGAGGACAGUAUAAAAGGCACCCACUCUGGGGAAGAGCCACAGUCUUCGGCCCAGGCCAAGCCCCGCUCCUGUCCACACCUGCUGCUUCUUUUGCUCUCACCAUGAGCUGCCGCCUGCAGAGCUCUUCCGCCAGCUAUGGCGGUGGUUUUGGGGGUGGCUCUUGCCAGCUAGGAGGAGGCCGCAGUGUCUCUGCCUGCUCAACCCGCUUUGUCUCUGGGGGCUCAGCUGGGGGCUAUGGGGGCGGCAUGAGCUGUGGCUUUGGUGGAGGGGCUGGUAGUGGUUUUGGAGGUGGCUUUGGAGGUGGCCUUGGCAGUGGCUUUGGUGGGGGUUUUGGCGGUGGCUUUGGUGACUACGGUGGUGGUGAUGGAGGCCUCUUUUCUGGCAACGAGAAGAUCACUAUGCAGAACCUCAACGACCGCCUGGCCUCCUACCUGGAGAAGGUGCGGGCCCUGGAGGAGGCCAACACAGAGCUGGAGGUCAAGAUCCGGGACUGGCACCAGAAGCAGAGCCCCAGCAGCCCGGAGCGGGACUACAGCCCCUACUUCAAGACCAUUGAGGAGCUCCGUGACAAGAUCCUGGCGGCCACCAUCGACAACAACCGGGUCAUCCUGGAGAUUGACAAUGCCCGGCUAGCGGCGGAUGACUUCAGGCUCAAGUACGAGAAUGAGCUGGCCCUGCGCCAGAGCGUGGAGGCCGACACCAAUGGCCUGCGGCGGGUGCUGGAUGAGCUGACCCUGUCCAAGGCCGACCUGGAAAUGCAGAUUGAGAGCCUGAACGAGGAGCUGGCCUACCUGAAGAAGAACCACGAGGAGGAGAUGAAGGAGUUCAGCAGUCAGGUGGUAGGCCAGGUCAACGUGGAGAUGGACGCCACCCCGGGCAUUGACCUGACCCGCGUGCUGGCCGAGAUGAGGGAGCAGUAUGAGGCCAUGGCGGAGAAGAACCGGCGGGAUGCCGAGGAAUGGUUCCACAGCAAGAGUGCAGAGCUGACCAAGGAGGUGACCUCUAGCACUGCCAUGAUCCAGACCAGCAAGACAGAGAUCACGGAGCUGAGGCGCACACUCCAGGGCCUGGAGAUCGAGCUGCAGUCCCAGCUCAGCAUGAAAGCCGGGCUGGAGGGCACCGUAGCAGAUACGGAGUGCCGCUACGCCACGCAGCUGCAGCAGAUCCAGGGGCUCAUUGGCAGCCUGGAGGCCCAGCUGAGUGAACUCCGCAGUGAGAUGGAGUGCCAGAACCAGGAGUACAAGACACUGCUGGACAUCAAGUCGCGCCUGGAGCAGGAGAUUGCCACCUACCGCAGCCUGCUGGAGGGCCAGGAUGCCAGGAUGGCUGGCCUGACCUCCUCAGGAGGGAACUCCAGCAUCACAGUCACCACCACCACCAGCUCCUCUUCCAAUCGCCGCACUUCAGAUGCCCGUAGGCUUUAAAUCCACUCGGCAUCUUCUCCCUCUGUCUUCAGCAUCCAGAGGAGAGAACUGAUGGGUCCCUGCUGGAGAAAGGGGGAGACCGCAGGAUGCUCCCUGGCCCCGCACUUUCCUGAGGGCAGGCGCUCCCUGCUUCUCUCCCCGUGGGCUUCCUCUUCUCCCUUACCUGGUUCCUCAGGCUUCUCAGCUUCUCUACUAAAAAGAAAAGAUAAUUCAAUAAAGUUUCUUGCUUUC